GGUCGGUCGAAUUGUGAAUACGCGGUGCCGCUCUCGGUUCUCGGCACACUCGGCACUUCAGUUCAGUCGCAUCGAGCUACUCGUGGAAAGCGUGUCGCGUAGUGCAUGCAUGCAUGCUUGCGUGCGGUUAAACGUGCGUACAUGUGUGUGCUUAUUAUUGUGGUGUACCCGGAGUGGUCGCGUGUGUAUAUGUGCGGGCCGUAACACGUUGUUGCGCGAUCUCGACAGUGGAUGUCGUGAUUACUAUAGCCAUCGUCUCGUCUGUCCGUCCAUCGCGCGAUCACACCAAAUGCACGUCUCGCGCGUCUCGAGAUCUCGCAGUAACACCCGUGAUUGUUGCCGUGCCGUUUGAUAACGCGCGGCCGAUUCGAAGAACCAAGAGGAAAGGGGAAGCCACCGCGUCUCGUUCCGCGGUUGAUGACUCUUCGAACGAUCACAUCGUACCAAAUACGCGACGACGACGACGACGACGACCACGAACGAGGAGAAGGAGAAAUUGAAUUGUCUCGUUGCUCGUGCUUCGUCUCCUUUCCUCUCUUCUUUUCACGCUCUUAAGCACGAUUUACGGAACUUACCACCAGCCCCUGUACGCCACUGUGUUUCCGCUCAGUUUCUCUUUCUUUCGCUUUCUUCCCUAUUUUUCACCGAUUUGUUCUGCCGAUUUGGCUAUUUUGCCAAAAUGAAAAUAAUUCAGAGGCAUCGUCGUGCGAUUCUGGCACCUGUGUCGAUCGUGAUAUUAUUAUGCGGUUGCACCGAUCUCGUAUCAUCUCGAUCACGGUAUUUCGGUGAAAUGUCAAAAAACGAUACCGACUUCACGUCUACCGAUUGUGAGCGUGUAAAGCCCUUCUUCGAGAGCAAGAAUAUCACACUCGUGAUUACGAAGGAACCUGCAACGGAGAAUAGUGCGAAAACAACUUGUGAUGGCAUGUGCUGCAACCGGGAGACUGAGGAACAGUUAAGACAUCAAGCCAGGGCAGAUUUUCAUGACUUGAUCCAUCACCACAGCAGAAGUUUGCAAGGUCUUCUGGCAAUAACGGCGGAUGCACUAAGGGAAACGGUGACGAUGUUGGCGAGACAGUCGGAGAACAAAACCUUAACCCUGUUCGAUCAAGUGUAUCGCACGAUGGCGGUGUUGAGCAGGCCCUCGAUAAAAGCGUUGUACCAGGCGAUGGUCGAUUACGUGUCACCGAGUAACACGCCGGACACCUUGCAGCAACCGCUGACCCGCGAUAUGCUUCAGGAACGGUUCAUCGAAUUCUUCACCAAACUGUUCCCCAUCGCGUAUCACAACGCGGUGAAUCCUCACCAAUACGAGCAAGAUUUCACAGAAAAAUUCAAGACCUGUUUGUAUGAGACUAUGGAUGAAAUUCAACCAUUCGGAGACAUACCGAAACAGGUGGCGAAAUCGGUGAGCAAAAGCUUGGAAGCGACGCGGGUGCUCGUUCAGGCGUUGACUCUUGGCAAGACGGUCUUGGAUAGAACAGACAGUGUGCUGUUUUCCGGUACCAGUCCUCAGCAGGAAGCCUGCUACGGUGCACUGCUUAGGAUGACCUAUUGUCCCAGGUGCCAGGGCAUUGGUCCCUCUGUCAGGCCCUGCAGCGGAUUCUGCACUAAUGUCAUGAGAGGUUGUCUGACAGAGCCAGCAUCCGAACUGGACCUCGCAUGGUCCGGGUACGUGGAAACGGUCGAGAGGCUCGUUGUAGCGGUCGACGGUCGUAUGGAUCCGUUGGGUCUGAAUGCCGAGAGGGCUGUCAGACAAUUGGACACCCGCAUUUCGGACGCCAUUAUGCACGCGAUGGAGAACGGACCUGCACUCGAGGAGAAGGUGAGAAAAGUGUGCGGCCGUUCGGAACUACAGCCAUCGAAUCAAGGGACCGUUACGGAUGCAGCUGCAACUGAGAAGUCGACGUCAACCGGGCUGGAGAUGCACGCAGCUGCGCCGACUACCACGCAUCGAACAUUACCGACGCAGUUGCACACGCAGCUGGGUAAUUUCUUGGCCAGUGUCGUCAGGUCUCGGACCUUCUAUGGCACUCUGGCCGACACGAUCUGCGAAGAGUAUCCGGACAAACGAUGUUGGAAUGGCGAACGCAUCGGAGAAUACACAAAGACGGUAGCGGAUUCGAGUUUGAUGGCGCAGAGGUACAAUCCUGAGUUCACCAUAACGACAAUGUCGCCGACGACAACUUCCUACGGCAACGCGAACACCAGCGUGCUCAUUGACCAAUUGAGGCACAUUAAUCAGAUCUUGCAAUCUCAGUUGGCGUCGGCACCGGAUAGUGGAAUGCUGCUUGCCGACGAAGCUCUGGAUGGUUCAGGAAGCGGUGACAGGCCAAUAUGGAGGAAGAAAGACAGAGGAGAAGAUGCCGAUAACGAUGAUGAAGAUGAACAUGGUGGUUAUGGUCACGAAGAUGAGGAGGCAUCUGGAUCAGGAAUGGGUCCUAGUACACCAGAUCCAAUGUUGAAGACGAAUCGUGAGAAUCCAACCACGGCAGGGGCAUCAAGCAUUCUCCUGUCAUCCGUGACAAUGGCGAUCGCCUGCGCAUCGCUGAUCGCUUAAGUUGAAUGGAAGCCGGGGUGAAAGAAGGGGACGACGUUUCGACGACCUAGACAUGGAUGUAGACAAACGAUUUUGGUGCCCGCGUCGGCGAACAGGAUGAUCCUGCUCGACACGAGGGAUCGAUCUAAUUCCGGAACUUACGAAUCUGCUUUAUAGAUAUUUAUCGUGCCGCCUAAACGGAACAGCUGCGAGGAAUGUCCGGAAACAACGGAGAAUCUGUUUUAUUGUUCGUGGCUGAGAAUCGAUGUGCGUCGAUCGAUCGAACGAAGACUGUGUUUCGUAUUCGAAGUUCGAGAGCAAGGUUCUGAAAAUCGUUCGCGUUCGAAUAAUCAUUCUGGGCUCGUUGGCCGACGCGAUUGAAUAUUCGACGAGUGUCGAUACAAAGCUGAAUAGACAUUUUUCCGGAAGAUCGUUCCACGCAUGGAAAUCGUCGUAGGCUAGGAUAGGAUCUGAUUAUCUGAUGUCGAAUGGCCGGAAACAAAAGUGUAAGAAAAGAGUUGGACUCUUGGUCGAGUAUCUGCUAGCGGAAAUCACCAGCGAUGGCGUGUCCUGCCUUUAACGAUUUGCCAAGAAUCGAGCCACGGAACCGUAUGGCUGGUACGAGGAUCGAGAGAAUACUUGAACGAUUGGAAAUGGUGCACUGAACAUGGAAGAACAACGAGAAAACCGAUUCUCAUCUGUCGCGUGUCAUGUUGCUCGCAAACGACCACGGAAAGAAUUAUAUUUAACGAGGUAAAACUGUGUCGGAAAGAAUUAAGAAGCCGAGUUAGCCGAGUUGCUUGUGUGAGAAAAGAGCGUUGAUAGAAUAGUCAGGCGAGACAGAAGGUCAAAAGCAACGUGCAUGUAAAAAUGCUCCCUUCCUGUUUUACAGGAACAUGAUAACAAGCACGAUGGCCAUCCGGCGAAACUGACUGCACUGCGAUUUCACGAAACGAUGGAAGGUUGCUUUUCUGUGCAGCGCAUCUUGUUUUUGCCGAGGAAUUGGAAAAUUGAAGGGAAAAAGAGAGACCUAUUUGUACGAAAUUAGAGCCAGACAUCUGCGGGAAAUCAGAUUUGAUAAUAACGUAAAGCGACGGAUGGUGAAAAAGAACAAUACCGCGCUUUCGCACGAAUGGAGAGUAAAAAGUUUUGUCAUUUAUUUAUGCUAUUAAAAGUGAUUCAUAGAAAAUUGUUGUAUUUAAAAAUCUACAGGAAACUUUCUGUACAGUGAAAUAAGGCAAACACCGUGUAAACGGACAGACACGACCCAUUCUGACGACGAUUCUCAUGCAUUCGAAUUGCUGUGCAAAAUGCGUGAUUCAUCAUUCAGAAAGUUAUUCGUAUUUAUUCACCCACGUAUACAUAUACGCUACGCUUUGGAAAUGUUCUUUUUCACCGGAAGAUCGAACGAGACGAACGCGGAAAGAACGAGCAAGCUACAAUCACGAGCAAUAAUCGUCAUCGUUGAUGAUACUUCACUUUGCUGUGAAUACUUUCCGAACAGCGAGGAAUCGCCGUUAGGCAAAAUGUACGUCGUUUGUGUCGCACGGGGAAAAAUCAAAAGUGUCUUUCCUUUUUGAAAGUAUCAGACGACAGUUGUAGCAGCAUGAACAGCAGUAGCAGCGGUUCCGGCUUUUAAACGAUCCGACCAAGUCACAGAGCCGAACAACGAGACUCCGACCCUUGUGCCUCGCGUUUUGCGCUGUUCUUCGUCACGCAUGAAUUGCCUCUCGUUCGCGACGACGCUUUUUGUCGUCGACGUCGAUACACAGACUAAUCACGGGGUCAUCCCCGUCGGUGAUAUCGCGCGUGCAUGCCAUAUAUCAAAGCCAACUGCCAAAACGCCAGUUACGCGGCCGAAGCUGCUUUCUCGUCAAGCGAUCCGGUGGUCGUACUUCGAAUUUCACGCGAAACGAGCGUCGCCUUCCGCUUGCAUCGUCUCGAGACGGUCGUUUCCAAGGAUAGUCACGAGAAGUUUGACGUUAAUUCUAUCUUUACAAAUGCGACGUUUCCGCGCCACCGUAAUCCCCACUCCAGCCAUUAAUCGCCAAUAACGUGCGUUCCUUCUUCGCAGAUGGAGCAUUCGUGGAGGAUCGUUUCGACUUUUUAUAACUUUUUCAGUAGGAUGCGUACGGAGUGCUUGAUACGCUGUGAUUAAUCGUACGAGAGCGUAUAAAAGAUCGUACGACCGAUUGGAUAUAGUCGAGCGAAUCAGCGACUCCUUGGACGUCUAAUCGUUGAAAAGGAACUCGGAACCCGAUCGCGGGUGAUUCGAAUUGAAAUUGCCGAAUGAAAGCGUGGGCUUAUCGAGAGCCCGACGAAAAUAACGAUAAAGCGUGAUACGAUAGUAUUUGAGAAAGUAAAACGUGUAGACGUUGUUAUCGAGCAUUGUGUUUUUAGUCCUUGAGGUACUAAAAUUGUUUGUAGCCACCUGUCCAGUGCCAUAAUUUUUCCUAUUAUUUCAUAGAGACGCAAAAGAUCAUCCGUAUUCUUUGACUCUGUUGUCUAAAAUUCGAUGUAUCGUUUUCCGUUGAUUCUAUUUCUACUAUAUUAUACAUUUAAAUAUCGUCAAGUGCCAAAAAGCAAGAAGAAAAAAAAAGAACGCCAAGUAGAGCGCUAAAAAUUGUCUCGCGAUCCGAAGCGAGAGCAAGUUCCUCGACGCGAAAACGCUUUAGACGUCUAAUCGUAAGCUUCGAGGCGGACCUAGAUUUUGGCGGUUUGCUUUCCAACUAAAAACAAAAAAAAAAAAAGGAAAAAAUGAAAAAAAAAAUCGACUUAGGCUAGUGUAAGAAAGUAGGAAGAGCUAAGGAGACAAGAGCCUGUCGGUGUAACCUCGUAUGCGUCGACUCGUAUGCGGCCGCACUGAUUUUGUACAUUUGAUUUUUCGGAUCUUUGAGGGUUAGUGCCUUUUUGAAUAUCUCUAGCCGUGACGUCGUGUUAUCAUCUCACGCCCGACAGAAGGAAUGAGAAAGCCAUCGAUAUAAAUACGACUGUACAGGGCAUUCAUGCUGAAGAGAACGAUGUGUGCGCGUGCGACCUUCUUUUCCUCCUUUUGUAAUUUCUUUCUUCUCUGACAAGAGAAGAAAGGAAAGAAAGAAAGAAAGAAAGUAAUUCGAUUUAAUCUGGGGUGAUCGAAAUAUCCGCUAGUGUAACGGAAGAAACGGCCAACGCUUUUGGAAUUUCGCGUUAGUUCGAACAGCCGAGGAAAAAAAUGUCCUUGUCAACUUAAAGAUAUUGAUGAAUCGCCGUCUUAGAUAGGGUCCAGACUGUGUUUCAACUUAAAUCGACGCGAACUUUGUAGUAGUAGGCUUUUGGACCGAAAGGCUUUUUUUUCUAUUAUCAAUCGUCGCGUAGUUUACUUCUAUAAAGUUAACUAUAUGAACGAUGAAUACGAUACGCGGAAGAAACUAGUCUAUCGACCAGCGCGGAUAAAAUUAAAUUAUUUGCUAAACACUAAAACGAGAUCUUCACAGAUCUUUCAAUUCACUUUUUAUUAUUUGAUCUAUAUAAACAACCGAAUAAGGAAGAACGUCCACUAAGGAUUAUUGUUAAUUUAACGAAUCGGCUGGCGAAUCCGACUCGUUCUAGGUAUCAAUAAUAAUUAAAUAUUGAAAUAAUGAAUGAAUUAGCUUGGUAUUCGAGAAUAUCGUUUUAUAUUCAACGAGCCUUUGCUAUCUCGAAGGCCGUAGAAUCGUUUUAAAGAUACGUGAUUAUAACGAAAUUUGAUUAAAAGUAAAUCGUGAUAAUUGAAAGUAAAUUCGAUGAUGUAUCUUCCGAGCGAACGAAGAUAUUUUUACGACGCAACGCAGCCACGAAAGAUAUAGAGGAAGAGCGUUUGAAUUUGAGGAACCGAUACACGCACUCUUUUAAAGUCCAAUUAAUUAUACAGUCGACGUUCGACGCGACGACGGAGGAGCCCAAUUUAGUACGACUCGGACAUAACUGUUAGAAUUUAUAAUUGUAAUUAUUCGAUGAAUAAUUGUUAUUAUUCUGCUUGUCGGGCGAAUUUAGGCAACGAGCGAGACAAGUGAUCCCUAAAAACUCGCCUCGUUGCUCGUGUACGGCUGCGUGACCCUUUUAAUUGCGGAGAUAUUAAUAUAUAUCCCUUUUGACGGCACACGCCUCCUGUAAAUUGUAUGGAGUCGUUUUAACACGACAUACGAUGACGAAGGAAGUGGCCUUACAUUCGAUUCCUUCGAUUCGUGUUGUUUCGCUUCAAUUAUCAAAGCAUCGUUGAGACACUAUGAAAUCGAUCACCUAUUUAUAAUGCUCUUUGUUAUACAUGUUUUGUGGUGCUACACUGAAUAAAAAAAAAAUUGCGAUUAAAUAAAAAUGAUAUAUUUAAAACAAACGAACUGUGUUGAUACUUGGAAUGCGACGGUCUCGCUUCUUCUUGACCGCGAUCUACACGAUCGGUCGAUGUCGUCAUCGUCUUAAACGAAAUUUAGAAAAAUUUAUUUCUUGCGAAUAGCAAGUACACGUGGAAUCAGACGAACGGCUGGAUCAUUGAAUGAACUUAUUGUACUCGUUUAAAUUGGCUCGUUGAACGUUGAAUAGCUCCGAUGGCGAAUUUAAUUAAAGCGAUACACAUUAGCCGUCUUGCUACAAGCGUCCAGCUGCAUGUCGCCCAGAUACAAAGUAUAAAGCGUAGAAAUUAGAGGCGAAACAGAAACGCAAGAAACGCACAGAAUCCGUACUUAAUACGCACAGACAAUUUCUCACCCUCUAAUUACGUGUCGUCGCGCUGUGUCGUGUCUGUGUUUCUAUUAAAGUAACACGCCACCGUCACGACUCCAGAACAAGCAAACCGCGUAAAUCGCACAAAUUUAAGGCCUAAUUCAAUGUUUCUCGUAUUACGUUAAUCACGGUAAAACGGCAAAUGCAUAUUACACUUUGCGAGACUGCAUAUGUAAGUGGAAUAAAAGAAAAAUAAAACGUACACACACUGUCUGAAACGCGCCUAUUUCGCGCUAUGAAAAUAAGAUUUGCUAAACCGUUAAACGUACCACAACGCGCCCGUAACGAGAGCGGAAUUAAAAAUAGAAUUGCUUUUACGAAGAAGUAAUUUACAUUAAAUCGUAUCCGUAUAAUGUGAUUUACAUAUACAGCCAUAGGGGCGCGUUUACUCGUGUGAAAGCGUUAACGAGUUUGCUCGAAAGUAGAGCUUAAUUAACCGGAUUAAGUACGCGCGACCGGCAAUUUAUUACUCGAGGAACAUUCCAGCUAAGGCUUCGGAAGCGGUCACAUCCCCCAUUUUAACAAACGCUGAUCAAUUGACUCGUCGCGCCGUCACUCUUUAACCCUUUGUAUUUUAAUAACUGAUUUUAAUAGCUAGUUUGGGUCAUCAUGCUAAACAACCAUCAAACGAUAUAAAGAACCUUCUGCUUUUUAAUCUGCUCUAGCUAACCAUCGUAAAUGCUUCUUUUUUUUUUUUUUCAAAUAAACAUCUCGAUUCGUACAGUUGAAUAAAAAAUAAAGACUGAAAAUAGAAACAUCGAACUACAUCGAAAAACAUCGUCUUUUAGCGAGAAAUAAUUUUACAUAUAAAUAUCGGAUAUGAAUUAAAAUUACCAGAAAUAGUUCAGGUUUUUAAUUUACAUUUCGUCCGAUAUUUGCGGCACGAUCGAUGGUAAAGAGGAAAUGUCGCGCGAUUAAAACUUCAAUUUCAUCGUGGUUGCUCUUAAUUAUACGAUGACAUUUACGACACGGCGAGACAUUUAUUAAUGUUGCGUGGUUAAAACGUUAUUAGCAAAUAUCAUUCAACAUUCCAUGCGAAACUGCGUACGUACGUUAAAAACAUCGUGAAACCCGUAACGCCGGUGCUUAACCGAGAAUUGCGCUUUCAGUUUCCAGAAAUCCUGUUUCGCAAAUGUGAUAAUUUUGCGUCUUAACGAAACUUUAUAUCAUCCAGCAUUUAGAAUAUCUGUGAGAUAAUUCGAGAAAUUUAAAAAAUACAGGGCGUUCCGUUAACGCGCGGCAACGAAUUUUAUUAAACACGGAAACUUAUUUAACAUUUUUAAUUUUUAGUAAUCGAGUUUACAACCGUUGACAUUUUGCUUGCAGAUACUUAGGAAUUAUCGCUUCUAUCAAAUAAUAUAUUCCACUUUCCUUCUUCUUUUUCUUCUUCUUCGUUGAUAUCGAUAUGAAAUUAUGAGUAUGAUUUACGAGACACGUGAGAAUAUGUAAAGUAGCAGCGCAAUUACAAUCUACGCACAAGUACACAAUUAUUCGAGGCACGUUGAAAAAUUUUGAAAACGAGCAAUAUCUUUCGAAGCAGUGAAGCAACGUUUAAUUUAAAUCAAAUACACUUCUCGAAAGUAAUUCUGUUUCUAAGAAAGAAAGAAGUGAUUUACAAAACUGUUUCUUCAAACACAUUUACUUACUUUGACGGCGAUGUUUAUUUUGAAAAUUGUCAGUAAUGGUUUCGAUUUCCUUGAAAAAUUAACGUGCAAGAUAACCAAAUAUGUACGAAUGGAUAAUAACAAAUAUCACAAUAAAAUAGAUUUUCGUCUUGUGUAAAAAUGUCACAAUGAAAAUGUCUUCGUAUGAAAAUACUAAAGCGCCUCAAAUCGUAAAUAGCUUCGUAUGAUAUUAACAUAUUUAGAAGAAUCAUUUUUCUAGGAUAUAUUAUACAAAAUUUAAUUAUUCAUUACAUUUCUAUUGUUACACGUUAAAUUUUAUAGAUUUUGUACAAAUAAAUUCAAUACGACAUUCAUUGAUUAUAAACAAUCUUCUUGAUAUAAAAUGUAAUAUAUGAUAUUUUAUUAUUAUACUUUUACCAAGCAUAUCAAAAUAUUGCGUAACAUUCAAUUUGUUUUCACGAAACGUACUUACCUAUAAUCCACAUCUUACAAAUCACAUUCGUGGGAAACACAUUUCUAUAUUCGAUUAUUCCGGAAUAAUUUAUUAAAAUACUUUAUUCGAAUAAAAUAAUCUAUUUGAAUAAUAUAGCAAGCGAUACUGAAAUUAAAGAGUUAUAAUCUUAUCUACCAAAUAUGAUGCAUUUAAUAUAAAAAUAUGUUAAUACGUUAAUAUAAUAAAACAUAUGACACUGCCUUAUACGCACAUAACUGACGUUAAAUGUGACCCAACUAACGAUUAUAUGUACAAGUUUACUAAUAAUCUACCAUUUAUAUGUUUUAACCGUCUUCAUCAUCCGAUAUUUAUAUCAAUUACCGUAUAAAUCAUGUAACUAUUUGUUUAAUUUUCUCCAAAUCAGUUAAUACGACUUAUCGUACGAUUUAUAAUAAUUUGAAAACCGCAAAAUAUUCUUCGUUCAUAUUUUUUUAUUAACUGAUAUAUCUAGCAAAUCCGCGAAUAACCAAGAAGGAACGAACGAUAUAGAAAGAAUUAAAAAUAUUGUUAAAAGUUUAAAUAAACUAUAUCAUCGAAAUAAUUACCAUUUCUCGAUCGCGUUCAAUGUCUAAACAAUAUUUCUAAUCCGUGUAAAACGAUGUUCGUCGUAUGACUCACCGUACUGCGUGUAUCUUACAGAAACACGAUAAUCGAUUGCGUCGUGAUCCACAUGGAAGAAAAAGAAACAAUUUCUUCCCGAUUUAAAAUUCAAGCUCGAACGCUGCGCAAACGUCCUGCUCUACGAAUUCGUCUGAAGUUUCUUGCACAGCGCAGCUUUCCUGUAAUUUUUCCACGCGUAAGACAAAUAAACCGAACGCGCAGUCUGGACUUUUUCCGAGGAUUACGGUGAGCAAACAGGGAGGAAAAGAGAGGGAAAAGAAAAUGUAUAUGAACAAGUAAGAGUGAGAAUGAAGCUGAGGGAGCCUGUAUAUAAUAGUGAAUGCGUGUUGUAUUUAUAUGUUAUACGCGUAAUAUACAUAUAUAUAUAUAUAGAAACAUAUACAUAUACGUAUACAUACAUAUAUAUAUAUAUUAAUACCGUCGACCUAAGAGCAAUCGUAACAACAGUGGAGAAAGUAACGCAUUUUCGAUCAGGUAACCAAUUAAUCGUAACGUAAUUAUCACGCUAAUUUACCGUGCAAAUAAUGAUGCCGUAAGCAAGGCAAUUGAACCCGUUGCCUUUCGAUUCUGUCAGCCUUUUGCUAUUCUAAUGCUACGUUCGAUGCGAAAAAUUGAAUUAUACGAUCCAUUUCAGAACUCCAUUUAUUGAAAUGAUAUUUUAGUUAAUAUCAAUUAAAGCCACUUAUUUGGGCCCUCUUGCACGAUUGAACUAAUAUUAUUAAGAAAAUUUUACAAGUCACCAGUCACAAGUUAUUGGAAUAAAUGAAUCCUUCUGCGAAACGAUAACACGUUCAAUAAUAAAGCAAACAUAUACAAAAUAACGAGUAAACUUUACGAAUGAAUCAUUGUAAGCGAUUUAACGUAAAACUGUGAUGUUAUAAAACCGUAGCUAAUAGCCUACAGCUUGUAACUUGUCAAUUCACUAAUAUUAUUAGUUGAUAAAUUAUUGUACAAGAGAGCCUACCGUAGAAUGCGAAUUUUUAUUCUGUGAACGAAAAAUCGCAGAUAAUAUAAUAAUUAAUGAACUUCUAUUAUACAGAUUGUUAUACUGUUUGCUAUUGAUGAGUUAAAAUAAAUGAAGUUCUACUGUAA